AUGGAGUCCUAUAAGCUGAUAUUCGCUUUUAUAUUGAAUAUACAGUUGGUUAUCAAUGCAGUUCCAUUGUCAAAUGCUAAAAAAGCAUGUCCCAGUCACGAAUUAGUUCUAGGAUCAAGAGCUCCACACGACCGACUUCUUCUGCAAAAAUUUAUAUAUGUACCAGCAAAACCAUUUAGGACUCUUAAACACAUUGAGACUAUCCGUACUCCAAGUCGUGAGACAAUAACUCGAGUUGAAUUAAUAGACCAAAAAAUUGAUGGGCGUGGGGCAAGUGUUCAAUUAAACAAAGUAAGUGGUAAUGGUCCGGCUUACAGAGAUGUCAGCGUAAAGUUCAAUAGUAAAUUUAACCACGGAGUUCAUUACAGCGUGCGAUUGUAUGGACAUAAACCAGUUGCAUUUCUUUUAUCAAAACCGCAUAAUACGGCAAUUAAGGCAUGA